UUAGCUCUUUGGACAUCUCUCGUUCUCUCUCUCGUUUUCCUUCCUUUUCUCUGAUAGCCUAGUGUAGGUUUCUUUCCUCUGAUUUCUAAGUCUGACAUUGGUCAACAAUGGUGGUUCGUUAACUAGAGACUUAGAUAGCACAAUUUAGAUCGCUAAAAAGCACACUUUGCUCACCUUCGUUGAUACUUCUAUCAAUCUGUGUAUGGCCUUGUCUCAGUGCUGAGUAUGGUUGUGGGUAUCAAUGGACUCGGUGGUGGUUAAAGUCACGUUUUUUGUGCUGGAUCUACCGUUUUUUAUGGGGCUUUCUAAACUUUGUUAUAUCCCAUCCUCCCUACGCCUCAAUAUGUGUUUAGACGGCUUUUGCUUGCUGUUGAUGGAGUUUUCUCGCUAAAGAUGAGGACUCUAAGAAAGCGAUGCUGCUGUUUUUGGCUAUUUCUUUGCUACCGGAUUGGAUCUGAAUCAAACCUUUAGGUUUUUAAGAUUUGGGCGUAUUGUUAUUAAGGAUGCAAAGUCGGGAUGGAAGCCCUGCACCACUUGAAAACCACUGAUCCUCCAGUAUUGUUGGCACCAUCGCCCACGCUUUCUCACACGUCGCGGAUGGCGUCUCAACACCUGUUCUCGCUCUCAAAUCGCCAUUCAAUCAACUUUUUGUAGCAAGUCCAAAAUUGGCUGGAACUGUUAACUGGGGCACAACAACAGUCAUUGGAGUGUUUGCGGGUAUGCUAUACGGAGGUAGUAAGGAGGCAGCUGUGUCAGUUCUUGUGAGGACUUCACUAUGAUGUCAGAGCAAGGAUGCAGAAGUAAUGUUGAAGCUUGGGAGCACUCUAGACAAGCGUGAACAGUAUUGAUUAAUGAGAGAUGCAAUGGAGAAAAGGUUUAUCCGAGUUACUCGGGGUUCAAUAGUUGGUGGAAUGCGCCUUGGAAUGUUCACUGCUGCAUUUUAUGGUUUACAAAAUUUGCUGGCUGAGAAACGUGGUGUACAUGAUGUUUUCAAUGUUGUGGGAGCUGGUUCCGCUACUUCUGCUACAUUUGGUUUAAUUUUGCCUGGAUCUCUCAGAUGGCGUGCAAGGAAUGUGAUGCUGGGAUCAAUUCUGGGUGCAGCAUUCUGCUUCCCUCUUGGUUGGAUUCACUUGAAGCUUAUAGAGAAAGCAAAUGAAGGUAAUCCGGCCCUUAAUCCUGAUUUAGAUGGAAGGGGAGAAGUAAAGAGUGGUGUUGGCGCUGCUAUCGAGAGGCUUGAAGGGAGCUUGAAAGCCUAGUAAACAAUCUUAAUUUUGUGGCAUAACCUCUUGGAUCCCAUAGAGAUUUUUUGAGAGGAGAAAGUUGUGUUAGCAUUAAAGGUUGGAUAGGUUGGCCAAGCACCUGCUUCUUUUUCUUCGGUUAGCCAGUGGCGCAUAAGAGAAUGAAAUAAGGCUACAACAUUCACUAUAUCUUAGCAGUUUUUGUCGGUUUAUUUUUUAGUAUCCAGGUUUUUCCAUUGAAGAAAAAAAAGAAGAGGAUUUAAUUACUGAGAAAUUCUAUGAGAUGCGUAGAGGAGUUUUUGGAUGCGGUGAACCUGAUGAUCCCUUUGAUUUAUUUAAGAGAACCCAAAAAUCUAAUUAACAAGUUUUUCCUCAUUUUUGCUGUGUGGCCUUGUAGCACAUAAUGCAAUUAAAACAAAACUGCUUUUUCCCAUUUA